GUUGAAGUGUACUGUGCUGCAUAGGUUAGGGGGGAAUUUACCCAAUAUUUGCUGGAAGUGUGGGACGGCUACCUCAACCUACGCGCCCUAAUCCAUCCAGAUUAAAAGUGGGAAGUGUGGAUACUCAGCAACUAACUGUAAUGUGGACUACAAACAUAUAUUUUGAUUUCUAUCCAUCCAUUACUAAUGUGUGAGGUUUGCUAAAUAUCAACAUCAUACACAGACAUAUGAUUGGGCAGUUCCAGUUGGAUAUCCUGCCAUUGUAUUGGCAGCCAGUGAUGACAAUGGCCAGGCUCAGGCUGAAGUAUACCAAAGGAUAGCAGCUUCCAAGCCUUGCCAUGCUAGCCCUAUCAGCAGCUGGACCACUGGAGUAUGUGGCCGUGGUGGCCAUGGUACUCAUGGUUGUGGCUGUUCUCGUCACAUGUACCUGCUGGAUUGGGAAGCGGCCCAGUGCUGAAAAUCUGGGAGUACCAGGAAGAAUCAAAGCCACAAACCAUGAUGAACCUGUCAUAACACUGAAUGGCACAGACAGCUAUCCUAAAGGCAGGGAAGACACAAGGCCUCUGGCGCCGCACCGGGAGCUGCCUCAGAUCCCCAUCGGCGCCGGCGACGGCGACCCGCGGCGCAACAGCUCGGCGCCCUCGGACCACACCUCGGAGUUGUACGCCGUAGUGGCGGACCCCGGCGCCCGGCCGGCCACCGCCGCCCCCGCCCCCGCCGCCGCCCCCGCCCCGGCCGGCGCAGCGAACGGCGUGGUGCCGACUGCGGCCGGCAGGCCAGCAGAACAGGGCGACGAGGAGGACCAACAAGAGAGCGAUGACUAUUACGAGCAGCCCGCCGUGGCCAGGGCACGCACAGAGCGACAGAGCAGCCAACCGCCCCCGUCGGCGCACAGCCGCAACCCGAGCACGGCGAGCAGCGACAUCCCGGCGCAUCGAGCCAUCAGCGGCGGCGUACCCGCCUCCCAGGAGCUGCCGUACAUGACGCCGCCUGUUCACCGGCUGCCCGCCGAGCCGGCGCCGCCCGCCCAGCUGCACUUCAGUGGCGACAGCGUACAAUCGGCCGACUCACGCGGGUACACGCGCAUCACUGUGCGCGAGCCAGCCGCCGAGCUGACGCUGUCGGAGCCGCGGCCCGCCGACCGACGACCCUCCUCGGGCGCGCCACCCACCGCCGACAACUUCUACGCCACCGUCGACGGAUCCGACGACGAGAUGUACGAGGCGAUCCCGGAGCGACGGCGGCGGGCGGAGCGCCAGCCGCCGCCGCCCGCCGGCGAGGACCUACCCGACGGCGCGGACCGCGCGGACGGCCCGCCGGCAGCACAAGUUGGGAGCGGUGUUCCGUCGGGCGGCCGGGCCGGCAGCGUGGAGCCGGCGGGCGGUAACGGCCAGCGGACCAGCGUGCCACCUCCGCCUAGCGUCGACUCCCUGCGACAGGCGCUGGUUCACUCUCGACAAGCCUCCUGUUCGAGCGUGGCCUCCUCGGGCGGUUCGCCGCCGCCGGACCGGCGCUCGGCGCGCUCGCCGCUGCCGCCGCUGCCCGACCUCGACCAGCUGUAUGCCAAGGUGCACAAGACGCCGCGAGCACCGGGCGCCGGCUCGCCGCCGCCGCCGCCGCUCCCGCCGCCCGUUGAGCCGCUCCACCAGGCGGACGAACCGGCACCACCGGUUAACUACAGCGAUUUCGAGGUGGUGCGGGACCCGAUCCGGCGCCAGCGCCAGGUGGUGCGCCGAGAGUCCAGUCUCGACCCCAACUACGAGUCGAUCGAGACGCGCGGCGCCCGACGGCCGCCAGACGACGCCGACGACGACCCCGAGGACGCCGGCUACGACCGCGUGCGUCGCGCCGACUCGGCGGCGGGCGCCGGCGGCGGCUCCGACGACGGCGCCGGGUACGCGCGGGUGCAGCGGCCGGCGGCGCGCGCCGCAACAGACGAGCCCGCACCGACACCUCUGCGCCGCCGCGAGCACCACUACGAGCGCGUGCGCCGGCGCCGCGACGACGACCCGCUCUACGAGAAGAUCAGCUGCAGUCCGGCGGCCAGCGAGGUGUACGACGAGAUUCGAUGGCCGCGCGGUGCUCGGCCGCAGCCGCAGCCGCCCUCGGACGCCGAUGCCGAGUCGUUCUACGAGUCGGUGCGUUUCGGCAGUGAGCUGGACACGGAUCCCAACUAUGAGAUGCUGCCGGCCAAGCCAGGCAGUGACACAGACGAGCUGUACUCGUGUAUAUGGGACCGGCGCGGCGCAGAGGACCCCUACGCCAGCAUCAAACGCUCCGACUCGCCGCCGUACGAGAGUAUUGCGCGCCCUCGGCCGCUCGACUCUGACUCCGACUCGGAUACUAUCGGGUACGAGAGCGUCCGGGCGGCGCCGUCAUCCGCCGCGGGCGGCUCGAAUCGAGACGGCGGCAGCACGCCAUCUGCGGGCGACCGCUCCGAGCCGGCUGCCGCCGAGCCCCCCGCCGCCGCCACGGCCGCCGCUACCGCCGCCGAUCUCAGCCAACUGUACGCCAAGGUGCAGAAGGUGCAGCGGCAGGCGAGCAGUCAGCCGACAGAGGCGGCGCCGCCUGUGCCGGACGCGCUGUGGCUCGCGGCGCCGUCUGAGCCGGACGACAGCGGGGCCGUGGUGCGCAUGGAUAGCAGCAGCGCCAGCACAUCGCAAUACACGAGUGCCUCGGAGGCGGGCACGCCGCUGCUGCCGAAGCGGCUGGACGAUCUGGACUCGCCGCGCCGGCGCCGCUCCACCACCAGUGUGGACAGCGGCUCGGUGACCCAGUCCGAGCGCGACGAGCUCAUGCCGACGGCGUGUCCGUGACGGCUGUACCGUGAGUCCCGGCCGGCCGCCGCCGCCGCCGCCGGCCACAUUCCUCCGUUGUGAGUCUGUUUCACGUGUAGAGUCUACUAUUUUUGAAUGCUGUUACGUCUGUUGUCUGUUAGAAAUGUGCAGAGCCCGUUUUGGGCGUUAAUUCGUGCGAUCGAACAAGUGAAGCUUUAUCUGGUUCCGGGCGUAGGGCGCCCGGGGCUGCAGCGGGGUUCCCUGCGGCUUGGCAGAUUCAUUCAGAAGCUAUAAUGUUGCGCCGUGUGUUAUAUUCGUGGUCAUGUGUGUCGCUAAAUAGGCGGUGCAUUCCGGUCGUGUACAACUGGUUGGGUGCGGUGUUGACCGAGGCGGUGCGUCUCGGUUGGCCUGCGUCUGCCAUGAUUAGUCCCAAAACGGCCACCGGCCGGCGCCGCCCACUCCAACCUGUAGACGUACUUAACAGAGACAUAGAUGUUCGGGCCAGUCCAGCCGCAGGCGUAGUCCACAGGUGGUAUUUUACAUCUAUUCGUCGCACUUACACGCAUUGUUCAAUAGGCAUCAGUGGCACAUUUCAAUGAUCAUGACUAGACGCUGCCGUGUCAGGGCUGUUCUGUGCUUGCCGGGCUGGGUGCUCCCUGCUCGGACCGGUCGGGUCGGGUCGGCUCAGGGCGUGGCCCCAGAAGGAGAGGUGGCGGCUCGCGUCUUCCAGUGUGUCGCAGUAACUCGUGGCGAACCGUUUUGGCUGGCGGCGCUGGCCACUAACCGCCGCGCAGCCGCUAAUCGUCGCCGCCUAAUAGACAUCUUUUAUUCUUGUA